AUGGACUUCCUCUGUGGGUUUCCGAGGAGCUCGAGACAAGGGACUGGGACUCAAGGCGCUGGGCACGAAACUCGGCUUGCCUUCAAUUUCAUCUUCCUCAUCGCUCGAGCUAACUGCGCGGCGUCUGAGGCUCAUGAUGAUGUGUUCAGCGAUGGGGUCAGCAGUCGUUUGACCAACUAUAUGAUCCGACCCCUCUCUUGGAUCCUUAUUCUCUUAUCGGGCGCCAACGCCUUCUACACAAUGACACGUUCAAGACACUAUCGACUCUUCGAGGUCAACGUCGAGCAAGCGCCUCAGACUCCUUCCGCCCACCGUGUCAAGGUUCAGUCUUCGCCAGUUGCUUCGUCGCCUCUCCGCUUCCUGUCCAACUUGAUAGUUCCCGAAACAGCUGAAUCGAGGGCGCACCCGGAUAAGACGAGAGAUGUGUGGGAACUGGCCGUAUGGGAUCCUCUUCCCGUUUCUCUGCAGCUCUUCUCUCUGUUCAGCCCCGGCCACGUCCUCGUCUACAUGUUGUUCCUGCCGCUCGAAAACCUCGACCCCAGACCGAGCGUCACCGUCUUCAAUUGUUUGACAUUGCAAGUCAUUCUCAGCGUGCAGAUGCUGCUUCUCCAGUCGCGCUUCUCUCAACAAAUCAAGGAUACGGCCAUCAUUCACAAGGAGGUCCUCCACGAAUACGACACGAAAUUUGUUCACCCUCGUCUUCAUCCUUUGGUUCGCGACGUGGGCACGCAAGCCUCAUUUGAGGAAGAAGACGAGGAGGAUGGCGAAGGCGACUUUGUCGAACUGGGCACGCCGACAACCGUUAUCAAGAAAGAGUUUCAGACCCACCCGAACCCGAACUACAUGCGCCACGUUGAUCCUGAGCACACGCCUGCUCGACCUCAUCGCAAUGUCCAACACAGCGCCGUGGCCUCACGGCUUUUCACCCCAUCGAGUCAAGCAAGACGCUCUGGGUCAUUUACGCCCGUACCAAGCACACGGUCUCCUUCCCGACAGAGCCUGCCAGCAGGCGUCUCCGCGGCCGCCACUCCCAGCGCCUCGACGACCACAGGAACGCAGUACGGUGGCAACCUCGGCGUCUUCUCACACACCAAAUCACCUUUGAAGAAGGCGUCAAGCCUCUACGACCUCAGCACGGACUAUGCGUCGCCGAGGAACUCGAGGGAGAUGGCGGCGCUUGAACAGCGGAGAGCAAGCCCAGUUAAAGACAACCGGCGACUGACAACGUCCAACGACGGAGAUGAAGCCCCGGUCAACCCAUUUGCUCAGACGCAAAAGAAUCGGUUCAGUCAGGAACGUUAUCCCAAGAUGUGGGCACGUUAG